GCCUGACUUGAUGUGCAGUACUCAUCUUGAUGAAUUGCUAGUGCGGUCCAUUGCACGUCGUACCAACCACUGAAGCGUGCGGGCUUCUUUCCAUGUCAAAUACCUUUCUCCACAGGGGCUUGCACUACUACCUAUCAGACAUUCACACAUUCGUACAGGUUCGGAUCCCACCCCUCCGACAACAUGGGCGUUUCUUGGGACCGACUAGUGCGAUUCGAGGCUGUGGACGGCCGCAUCCUAUACGGCGAGCCCAUCCUGCCCACGCCGGACUACGACCUAGGCUUUCUCGCAGAAUCUGACGGCGUCAAAGCGAAGAUUAUCACUGGCUCAGACAUCUUUGAUGAAACAGGUGCAACCGAGGUUUCAGAUGAGACGGCAACGAUCAAAGCUCUGCUCAGCCCCUUGGCGGGCCCGGAUAUCCCCUGUGUGCGAUGCGUCGGCCUCAACUACGCCAAGCACAUCCAACAGGCUGGGCGGACACCGCCGCCCUUCCCUUUUAUCUUCAUCAAACCCAACACAUCCAUCACGGGCCCUGGUUCGCCUGUCAUCAUUCCUAAGAUCGCCCAGAAUGACCAGGCGGACUACGAGGGUGAGCUGACUCUUGUCAUCGGCCGCGACGCCAAGGAUGUUUCAGUCGAAGACGCCCUCGAUUACGUAGCGGCCUACACAGUCGGCAACGACAUUUCUUCACGCAAGCUGCAGCGCAACCCCGAGUACGCCGGCCGCGUGCCGCAGUGGAGUUUCUCCAAGGGCUUCGACACGUACGCGCCCAUCGGCCCUGCCCUUGUCGCAAGCAAGCUCGUCGGAGAUCCCAAGAAGCUCUGGCUCAAGACCACGGUAGACGGCGAGCUCCGACAGUCCGAGUCGGUAUCAGAUCUGCUCUUCGACUGUGCCUACAUCGUGUCAUACCUGUCUACAGGCACAACGUUGCAGAAGGGAAGCAUCAUCAUGACGGGAACACCUGGUGGCGUUGGUGGUGAUAUGGACCCUCCACGGUGGCUCGAUCCUGGGACAGACGUUCAAGUGCACAUUACGAAUAUCGGGACUCUCCGGAACUCUAUCAUGUUUGCCUGAGCGUGCCCGGACAUGGUAAAGCUACU